CAUAUUCACUUCCUUUUCCGCUGGGUCAGAGGGGAAAGGUUGGUGAUAAUUUGCCAUCAGAAUGAGCGACAGUGAUGAUGAUGACGAUAUUCGGUUGUCAGCCCAUGCUUUGGCUGCCCUGCAGGAGUUCCAACUGGAUCAGCAGAAGAAGGAAUAUGCAGGGCUCAAUAAUUAUUUUACUGAGUCUAUAGAAGAAGAUUGGCAAUUAAGCCAGUUUUGGUACAGUGAUGAAACUGCUCUACGGCUAGCCCAGGAAGCGAUUGAAGCUUCAGGAAAUAAUGGCAGAAUAGCUUGCAUCAGUACCCCAAGUAUAUAUCAGAAACUGAAGCAGCUUUGGAACGGAGAAUUCUCUGCUAUCCUUUUGGAGUAUGACAGACGAUUUUCAGUUUAUGGAAAUGAGUUUGUUUUCUAUGACUAUAACUACCCUAUGAAUCUACAUGAAGAUCUCCAACCUCAUAGUUUUGACAUAGUGAUUGUUGAUCCACCAUACCUUUCAGAAGAGUGUCUCAGCAAAAUAACACUAACAGUCAAAUACUUAACAAAAGGGAAGAUUCUUCUUUGUACUGGUGCAGUCAUGGAAGACUUGGCAGCAAAGUUGCUUUCUGUGAAAAUGUGCAAAUUUCUCCCAAAACACAAUCGGAAUUUAGCAAAUGAAUUCCGUUGUUACACCAAUUAUGAGUCCAAAUUAGAUUUGGAUUCUCUGUUAAAUAUUUAAAAAGGAAUGGUUAUUAAUUGUGUAUCAUUUAUAUUAAUUAGAAAGAUUUUGAUUUAUAAGAAUUGGCACUGAAGUUAUGUCCAAAAUAUCAAUGCAUCACAGGGACUUGUGAUAAUCUAUUGCCUACUAAGCUAUUUCACUAGCCAGAGUUGUGAUGCAAUUAGUAAUUUAUCCCAACAAAUUUAUACAUAUUUUCAGUUUUUGUUCAGUUUGUAUCAAGAAAAAUAGAUGCAGUCUUCAGA